AUUAACGCCAAAAGGACCCAAUUCAACUGAAAAAGCGCACCAGUUUCUCCGCACUUCCUUGACAUCACGGCGCAAGCGCGUUUCCUAUCGCGGUGCGUUGAUAACAUUCUUCCGGGUGGACCACAGCGCUGCGCUAAACAGGGACGAUCGUCCAAGCUUGUACUACGGAUUUUCUCCCUGAGCUCCCUACGGAAACGGAUAAAAGUUGUAGGGUGCUCAGCAUUUUCGCCGACUUGUUCCUACUAUGGCUGAUAGCACCAACAAGUCUGUGUAUGAUAUUUUUCUAAGCAUGGAGAAAGGACCAGCGCAGACCUCUAGCACUGCCACGGCCAAGGCCUGGCUAGAUCAUCAUUCCCAAGCUUUAGGUCUGUUUAUUAAUGGCAAGUUUGUCCGUCCAGCAGACAGACCAAGUUGCCUUUUGCUUGAUUCUAAAGGUGGUAGUGUGUGCAGCAUAGUGUGUGCUGUGGAGGAUGAUAUCUCCCAGUGUGCCUCCUCUGCUGUCAAUGGAUUCAAGUCCUGGAGCAGCAGAACCUGUUAUCAGAGGGCCCAAGUACUGCUCAAGUUAGUGAGCAUCCUUGGGAUGCAUGGUAAAUGUGUGUCAGAGCUGUGUGAGGCCUCCUGCUCACCCUCCGCACUGGUCAGACUGCUGCAGUACUACAGCAGCUGGGCUCAGCUUAGAGACAUACUCAUCACUAACUGGAGGCCAUUAGGUGUGGUGGCAGUGGUGGCUUCUGAUGACUGCUCCCUCUAUCCCCUUUACUGCAAAGUCCUACCAGCACUAGCAAUGGGCAACUCUGUCAUCGUUGUUCCUGGUCAGUGCACUGCCCCUGCAGCGCUUCUACUGGCACAACUUUUUACAGGAGCAGGACUUCCUUCUGGAGCUCUUAAUGUUGUCACAAGAAGUGAUUUUUCUCUUUGUGCUAAAGUGGCCCAGAAUCCGAGCAUCAGCUACGUCACCUACAUUGGCAACAAGGAGGAUGGAGUGAUGCUGUGUAAAGCCACAGCAGGGAUGGGCGUUCCGGUUUCGGUCUCACCCUACAUCGGUGCUCUAUGUCCUCUCAUCAUCUUUGAGUCAGCUGAUAUUGACAGCGCUGUGGAUGGAGUAAUAGAUGCUGCCUUUAAAACGAAGAAAGAGGUGCACUGGGUGUUGUUCGUGCAGGAUAGUGUCUUGGACAGUGUUGUGGCCCGUCUCAGGCUGCGUAUGGGAGGUCUGAAGUGUGUUGACCUACGUCAUGAUGCAGACAGGGCGCUUGUGGAGACUGCAGUCCAGGAGGCUGAGCAGCAGGGGGCCAUGGUGAUUCAGUCCUGCAGUGCCCCUCCUUCAGGUGCUGUGUACCCUCCUACACUACUCUGUGGAACUGCCCCCUCCUCUCCGUGUGUGGUGUGGCCCUCCUCUGGACCACUGCUACCUGUCAUGAGCUUCAGAAGCAACACUGAGGCAGUAACCCUGGCAAACCACAGUCCUCAUGGCAAGUCAGUCUCAAUCUGGACUGAAGACCUUACCCUGGCUUUGGAGACAGCUAAGAAUCUUUCGUUUGGCUCAGUGUGGGUUAAUUGCCACUCUGUGUCUGACCCUUGCCUGCCUGUGUGUGGCCAGAAGGAUAGUGGAAACUGCACUGACGGAGGACAGGAGGGUUUGUACCAGUUUCUAAAGCUACCUUCCUCAUCGUCUCCUCUUCCUCGCUCCUCACCUCUUUCUAUGGACUACACAAAGUUUGGAACAGGCACAUUCCCAGUUAUCAUUCCUGAAUACUCAGACCAAGCCAAUGCUUCAAAGUCCUACUUGCAGUUUGUAGGCGGUAAGGCAUGUAAAUCCGUGUCUGGCUGCAGCCUGUCAGUGCAGCCACCUGGGGGUAGCGGUGUGUUGGCCUACUGUCCAGAUGGAGGCCGCAAAGACGUCCGUAAUGCUGUGGAGGCAGCCAUCAAAGUUCAAUCUGGUUGGAUCAAGAAGGGUCCAACUGCACAUGCUCAGUCCCUAUAUUCUUUGGCCAAAGGCCUUGAGGCAAAGAGGCAGGACUUUGUUAUGUCCGUCAGCAUCCAGACUGGUCUCUCAAUGGAUGAAGCUGAGAAAGAGGUGGAGCUCAGCAUUGCAAGGCUCAGUGAUUGGGCCUCUUAUUGUGACAAAAUCCAAGGAGGAACACUGCCUAUGCCAAAGUCCGGCUCUGCUUACACUCUCCCUGAAGCCCUGGGAGUCGUGGGGGUCAUUCUCCCUGACAAGAAUCCCCUUCUCUCCAUGGUAACAGUUCUUGGAGCAGCGAUCGCCACUGGCAAUGCCAUUGUCAUGGUCCCCAGUCAGAAGUAUCCACUUCCAGCUUUGGACUUCAUCCAGGUGCUCCAGGUGUCUGAUCUGCCAGCAGGUCUGGUUAAUGUCAUUUCCGGAGGUAAAGACCAACUGACUGUGGCACUCGCUAACCACAGUGUCAUCAAAGCUAUCUGGUACUGGGGUAGUGCUGAGGGCUGUCAGUAUCUCCAGUACACCUGCACAACCCCACUGAAAACCCUGUGCCUGUUCUGCCAAAACGAUGAGGAGGAGGAGAAGGACUGGACUCAUCCAUCGCUCCUGGAGGAAAUGUGGAGAAAUGCUGUCCAGUGGAAGAGUGUGUGGAUUCCUACGGCAUGAAAAGAGAAGCUGGGAGGGAUAAUUACAGUUAAAGGUGACAAGAAAUAUGAAGAAAUAUGGACCCUUGGUAACUGUAACUGUGUUCAAUGGAUAAAUUCAAUAAUAAACAAUGAAUCUAAAUUUAUCUCACAAAUUAUAAUUUACUAUUUACUGAAACCUCCCUUUUGUAGUUACUAAUGCCAAUUGGUAUAGUAUUAAAUAAGGACCUCUGUUAAAAGUCUUUAGUGAGCUAAUGACGGUGGCUCAGUACAACACAUUUCUAUAAGUUGCUUACAGGUGUAUUGUGUGUUUGGUUUAGAAAGAUAAGUAUUGCCAUCUUACUUGCAGUUACUGAGCUGUGAUGAUGACAUUUUGCCAGUUGUGCUAACAUCAUGUAUUUUCAGUUGAAUUUUGAAAAUAAAGCCAGUGUCUACAACAAUGGAUGCCAAGGAACAACAGCCUUGUAAUGGUGAUUUAGGUGUUUUUUACAGGAUUUCCUUUUUAAAAAUGUACCUUUUUAAGCUCAUUCUACAACUUUAAACCUGAUCUGCCUUACGGUUUUGUCUAUUUAUGAGACGUGUCAACUCAGUCCAAAUAUGCAAAAAUAUACUAUACUGUAUCUUAAUUACUGUAUUUUAGUCAUGGAACCAUUCUAUUUGUAAUGUAAACAUUCCAAUUGAAAUUGUAAUUGUUUGUCUCUUUCCAAGUUAUUUUAAACAAAGUUUUGUCUGACUGAACACUGAUUAUCACUGUAAAAUCUGUUAUUAUAAUAACUCAAUAAGUUGAGUUAAUAUAAUUAUUAAUAUUAAAUAUAUUCGACCCAUUUAUUAAUUUUGCAUUUGAACUACUGUGUCUAUUGCUAAUGCUACCAUUAAAUACAUUUCAAUUCA